AUGUCUGUCGGUACACCAAGCCGCCAGGCGAUUCUGAGCCUGUACCAUAACAUGCUGCGCACGUCGCAGUCGUUCAGCUCGUACAACUUCCGCGAGUACUUUGUGCGGCGCACAAAGGACACGUUCCGCGCUAUCCAGAACGAAUCGGACCCUGAGCGCGUACGCUCGCUCUACUCUGACGCCGUCAGAGAAAGCACUGUGCUCCGCCGCAGUGCCAUCGUCAACCAGCUAUAUGGUGGUUGGAAGCUCGCUGUCGAGGUCCAGGAUAAGCAGAAGCAAUCGGAUUCGACGCUUGAGCGGGCGGACUCGUAA